CUGACCCUCCCACAAUCGAGUACAAUGCGUGUCUUGGUAGCGACCUUCCUCUUUGUUUCUGCCUGCAAGGCUGCUAUUUAUGCUGAAAAUCACAAUCAAGUGAGUGAAGGUUUUAUAAGAUGGCAUCAAAAAGUAGGAAUGAAGAAUGCCGAAGAAAUUAAGAAGACUGAAGAAUAUUUCUAUUUUCUUAACCGCAUCGUAGGAGGAACUAUAGCGCCAGUGUCGGCGCAUCCGUAUCUGGUUGGCCUGCUAAUAGAUGUUAAUGGUUUGCCUAGUCCUUCUGCGUGCGGCGGCUCCCUCAUCUCGGCCACGAGGGUGAUGACAGCCGCGCACUGCUGGUUCGACGGCAGGUUCCAAGCGCGCAUGAUGACCGUGGUGCUCGGGUCAGCAUUCCUCUUCCACGGCGGACUCAGGACUCCCAUCUCAGCAAUAGCCGUGCACCCUCAGUACGAUUCACGCACGUUUGCCAAUGACAUCGCAAUUUUAUAUCUACCUAUCUCUGUCUCAUUUACACAUGCUAUCAGGCCGAUAGCUCUACCCUCUGGACACUUGCUGCACAUGGAUCUUAGUGGUUUUUGGGCGCGAGCUGCGGGGUACGGCAGAUAUUCCGACAUUACUACCCCUACGACGAACACUGUGGCAAGAAAUGUAAUUUUACAAAUGAUUGACUUGAACAUGUGUCGGCGAGCAUUCGGGAACAUUAGUCCAAACUCUAAUAUAUGCACGAGUGGAUAUGGCGGUGUAGGUAUUUGUCAAGGAGAUUCUGGUGGACCACUUACGAUUAUAAGCGGCGGACAGGACGUCGUAGUCGGAGUGAGCUCCUUCGUGGCUCGUGAUGGGUGUCAGUUAGGAUUUCCAUCAGUGUUUGCGAGCGUUUCAUCUUUCAUCGAUUGGAUUCAUCGUCAUAUGUAAGAUACAAUAUCGAAAUAAAUGAAUCGCUAUAUUUUUUUAUAUAAAAUAUGGUAUAGAAUC